CGAGCACCUGACUCCAUAAGGGGGCGGGGCGAGGCCUGUCUAUCACAUCCUUAGGAUCGCCUUUUCCUGUGCCGCUCUAUUCCUCCGCUGUUGUUCGUUGAGGCCUAUACGGUCUCUGGGUGAAAGUCACUUUGAGGAAGAGCCUUAAGCGUCGGUGGUGAAGUUGCUGCUAAGAAAAGUGAAGAUGUGUGAAAGCAUCAAGGAAAAGCUGGAAAACUACAGAACUGCUCCAUUUGACAGCCGUUUCCCCAAUCAAAACCAGACACGGAACUGCUGGCAAAAUUAUCUUGAUUUCUAUCGCUGCGAAAAAGCCAUGAAAGCCAAGGGAGGCGAUCCUUAUGUCUGCCAGUGGUACAAAAGGGUGUACAAGUCCCUUUGCCCAGUUUCUUGGGUUACUUCCUGGGAUGAACGUAUAGAAGAAGGGACUUUUCCUGGCAAGAUCUGAUUAUCUUGCGUCUGCCAAUUGUUCUCCUUCUCAGGACACUGUUGUGCUGUUGAGUCCCCUUCUCAUGUGGUGACUAAAUAAUUGUCUGACAUACUGCUUUUUCUUGGUCUUGUUCACUUGAACGUGCAACAUUAUGCAACAGUUCUAAAUAAAGGCAUAAAAGCUG